CUGCAGAGAACAGUGAAGUCAUAGAACUUGGUCCAAAGAAGCUGCCUGUGAGUGAUAUUAUGGGUGAAUCCAACCAGCAUCAUUCAACCUCAAUUUUGGACAAAAUUUUUGGUAGUGCUUUAACACUAAAUGGAAGUGGCUCUACUAGUUCCACUGAGCAUCAGAGUAAUAAAGCAGAUGAUGCAUGGCCACCUGGUACCGUACACUCUUCCAAGUUUGCUCGCUGGUUUCUUGAAGAAGAGAGGAAACCAGUCGAAGAUCUUUCAUCUGGCAGGCCAAAUGACUUGCUCUCAUUAAUUAAGGGUGGUGAAAGAGGUGGUGCUCAGGUUUCUGAUGUAGCUAUUAAUAAUGUCACUCCAAAUCUUCCCUUGCAAAGCCCUGAACCUUCAAAUAGGCAUGUAAGAUCAAGUUCAACUUCUGGAAUGGAAAACUCUGAGCAGUUGUGCAAUGUUAAUAAUGUCAAUAAACCAGCAGCAGCUCCAGCUGUUCUCACAUGUGAAGACCUUGAAAAGUCAAUUUUGUCAGAAAGCAGUGAAAAAGAUUCAACUUUAAAUCCUCCUAUGCAAGGUUGGAGCAUUCCCAAUGAGAAGACCCAGCAGCAAAAGGUUGAUAUUGAUAAUCAGGCAUCACAACAUCUGCUUUCAUUGCUGCAGAAGGGGACAGGCAUGAAAGGUAUGGACCCAUCCAGCAAUCUGGACAUCGUGUUGUUGGAAAAAGUACAAAGUAGGGAAGUAGCCAGUAUUGACAGUGCUCAUGAUUCAAUAGAAGUAAGUGCAAAAAAUGCCUCAAGUUCAGGGAGGAAUCUUACUCUUGAAGCACUUUUUGGAAGUGCUUUCAUGCAGGAACUACAGUCAGUGGGAGCACCAGCUUCUUUCCAGAGGGACUCAACAGUUUCUGCUAGAGUUGAUUCAAUAGAAUCUAAUGGGUUACCACUUUCUGUUAAAGAUAGUGGUCUUCUUUCUUCUGCAAUUCACACUGGGUCAAACAGCAGUGAUUACGAAACCAAUAUUUUUACCCAAAGGGAGCGCAUGAAAUCUGAUGGGAUUGGAGAGCAUGUUUUAGGCUUUGAUGAUCAUAGAACUGUACCAGAUUCAUCACAGCAUAGAGCUGAAUUGGGGUCUAAACUUGGUGCUUUUGAUGGAUCUGCUAGCAUUCGGCUUCCUGAAGAGGAUACUUUGAUUGCCGUCAGUGAUCCUGUUAACCUUCAGAACUUCAUGCCUGUUAGAAAUUCAGUUAAAGCUGAACUAUUACCCCUCCAAGAGACACCAGUUGACAUUGUUGAGAAACUAGCAGCACUAAAGCCUGCUGUGGGAGGUCAAGAUGGUCUGUUUCUUCGUGGUCUUUAUGAUAUGAGGGAGCCAGAUAUUCCUUUUCAAAAUCUCAACAUCCAGUCAUCUUCUUCACAGCUUCAUCCUCGUCAAUUGAAUCAUGCUGGGCAAUUUUCUCACCCUCCUAAUAUGAAUCCUCAAAUGCAUAAGUUCAUGUCUCAGGAAGCCAUCAUUCACCAAGAUCCCCCUCCACACCAUCAGUUUCCUGCAAAUAUGCUUCGCCCUCCGUUCCACCACCCUAGCAGUGGACUAACUGGAUUUGAUCCUCCACUACAUCCUAUGUUACAGCAAAUGGCACCAGGAAAUUUUCCUCCUCACUUGCAACGAGGAUUUCCUGGAAGUGCACCAAUGCCUCAUUCAAACAAUCCAGCGACUGGUUUUAUGCAGGAAAUGAACCCAAUGCAAGGUUUUCCCUUUGAUCGUAGGCAACCCAACUUUCCCAGUCUGGGAAUGCCCCCAGGUCCUGAUGUCAGUAGCACAGGCAAUCAACCAGAGGCAUUGCAAAGGCUUAUCGAGAUGGAGCUAAGAACAAACUCAAAGCAGAUUCACCCCUUUGGUGGUGGUGGUGGUGGUGGUGGUGGCCAUAGUCAAGGAAUGUACGGCCAUGAGCUAGACACGGGCUUUGGGUAUAGAUAGUGGAUUCUGGUUUUGUGAUGUUUAUAUCACAAUGUUGUCUCUUGUUCGGACAUGCAACUCCUUGCAUGGUUCUGGUAUUAUCACUCUGGGUCACUGUAGUUGCUUGAUUCUACCUAAAAUGGCAUCUGGUUGCAACUUUUUAUCUGUUUUUUUUCUUUUCUUUUUUUUUUUUUAAGAUUGUUGAGUAAAAAAUAAAGGGGAAGAGUUCUC